AUGGCUCCGUCAAAACCAAACGAUGUCGAGGCUUUUGGAGCAGGAUUGGCCCAGGAAAUCCAGGAGAAGCACAACCUGAGGGAGAGAAACCACCAAGCUGUACCGGACACCGACCGACGACAACGAACCAUGGAUUCUGGACGGAAACUCUUGCUGGCACUGUUGGUGUGCUGCAUGGUCGCCCUGGGCUUGGCUUCAGCCCACCAGGGCCGGGCCGACUGUCACGAGGAUGCUUCGAACGUUGACAGUGCCGUUGCCAACGUUGAGCACUCCUCGCUGUCGUCUUUGCUGGCCUCCAACUCGGCUGAGUCUCUUCGUGAGCUCUUGGAGAAAUAUGUGCCUGAGAGGUACCGCCAGCAAGAUUCCCAGAUCGCGAAACGCCAGGACAGCAACGCAACCGUCUCGACCGCCGUCACCACUGCGGUGACAACGCUUUCGUCUGCCUCUACAGUGGCCACCACCACUGUACAGACUCCGACCAACCCGACAACCACCGCCGCCACCACCCCGACGUCUGAGAGCGUUCAAACGAGCGUUCAGACUCAGACCGUGGUGCAGACGAGCGUGCAGACCCAAGACCCGGCCACCGAGACCGUCACAGCUCCUCAGACUCCUACUCCCUCAGACCUGCUGCUUCUUCUGAGGAGCGUAUCCGUUGACUCGUCAACCACGACUGUCACUGGUGCAACCCAAGCAACAUCGAGAGGCACUACCCUGGACACAUCCAAGGCGACCCCGACUGUGGCCUCAUCCACAAGCAAGACCAGGACCCCGGUGUCGUCGAAGAAAGUGACCACCACAUUCACAUCAACUAUGCCAGAUGGGGGCAUCUCAGUCGUCACACAAACCUCAUUCUCUUACGUCGAUGCAGAGCCGACGGAUGGCUCAACGACUCGGCCGGCCGCGAGCCUGCAGACCAAUGCCGCUCCGAUUGCAGGACCAUCCCUCCCGGGUGCCGCCACACUGUUUGCAGGACUCUGGUUCUUUUUAUGGCAGUAA